AUGGCUCUUCCUAACAUCAGCAGUACUGCUACAACAAUCACACCAGCGACAAGCUCAGCUGUUAUAAAUAUAACACUGCCGCAAGGAUGCACCAGUCAGAACUCUGGAGGGUGCUUUCAAAAUCUUCUUGAUCAGAUCGAGAACAUUACAGCUCAAGUGCUUCCUUUGAAUACUGUGAAGGACAUUUUGACUUUGGCCUUCAACGCUUCAGAGAAGAUUUUAGGGUCAUCAUCAUCAAACCCGGCUGAACUAGCCUCUUUUGGAAACCGUGUUUUAAAAACCAGUGAGAAACUAAUUUCUACAUUAGUGAAACCGACAGAAACAAGUGACAGUGUCAAUUUUACUCUUGCUGCUGUGGAGGGUCAAGUCUUCAUGGUUGGACCUCGGGUCACCUUAGAUAAAAUCCCUCGACUCAACACUACAAAUUCUUCUGUGGACAUCGAUCUAAUUGCGAUUGCCAGGAACAACACUGAAAGAUCAGCUGCUGUGGCUUUCAUGAGCAACAACAUGAUGGAGAAUCUACUGAAGCCAGACUUCUUCAACAAAUCCAAUGACACAAUUAAAACCAUGAUGUCCACUGUGAUCUCAGCUACUCUUCCCAAAACCACCAACACUAAACUAACUAAACCAGUCAACUUCACCCUCAAACACAUCAGAGAGUUUGAUCCCAGCGGUUCUCUGUUCUGUGUGUACUGGAAUAUCAGCGAGUGGAUUGUAGAUGGUUGUUCUGCUUUAAAGUCCAACAGCAGCCACACUGUGUGUUCCUGUGAUCAUCUGUCCACAUUCGCUCUCAUCAUGCAAACCAGCAGCCGUCAGUCAAAGAGCGACUCUCAGCUGGAUCUGUUGAAUUUGGUGUGUGUGUCCGUGGGGCUGGUGUUCUUCACUUUGGCCCUGUUGACCUUUGCCCUUUGUCAGUGGAGUCCUGGAGUGAAUAAUGUGGCUCGAAUCAACAUCUGCAUCAGUCUUCUGUUGGCUCACCUUCUGUUUCUGCUCACACAGCAGUUCCUGAGCCUCAUACGUCCUCAGCAGGUGUUGUGUGCCAUGAUCUCAGGCCUUGUGCAAUUCCUGUUUCACUCCGGAUUUGUGUGGAUGUUCAUUGAAGCUGUGCUGCUCUUCAUCUGUGUAAAGAACUUAUCACAGAUCAGCUCCAAAAAGAGGGAGGUGCUUAGCAGUGGAUUCCUGUGUGUGAUUGGAUAUCUGGUUGCUCUGGUUGUGGUGUUUGUUUCUGUCAGUCUGGUUCCUGAAGGUUACGGCAGUGAAGAUUGCUGGCUUAAACAUGAUAAAGGUUUUAUCUGGAGUUUUCUAGGUCCUAUUUGUGUCAUACUAGGAUUAAACACAGUUCUCUUCGUCAUGAUCGUCAUCACUCUGAACUCAACUCUCAAAAAACUGAAUGCUGAAGUUUCACAAAUGAAACAAACCAAGAUCAUGGCGUUUAAAACACUGGCUCAGUUUGUGGUUCUUGGUUGCCCCUGGAUUCUGGGUUUCUUCACUAAUGACAGUAAGGGGCUGGAGAUCCUCUUCCUGAUCUUGAACUCCCAGCAGGGAACCUUCAUCUUCCUGAUCUACUGUGUCCUCAAUAAUGAGGUCAGGCAGCAGUACAGGAAGUUCUUCAGAUGUCUUUGCAGUGGACCCAAACAACUCUGAGGACUACAGAAUCAUGUCUAGAUAUUGCUGAAGUGCCAUUAUUAUGCAUUUGAUGUAAUUCUAAAAUGUACAGUUUAGUAAUCUGGGUUUUGACCAGGUCAGGACUACUUCUGUAAAUCCUUAACAAUUUUUUAGGAUGUAUAAAUCUUAAUGAAUUACCCCAGAUCACCUUUCUUGAUAUUACAGUUUUAAAAACUUAUAUGUUCUACAUCAGUACUUAUUUUGAAAAAUACAAGAUUUUCUUGGUGGUGGGAGUCAAGCAUAUUUUUACAGCAUCAAUAAAAUGUUCUGAUAAAUGCCGGCAAAUUAAAAUGCCCUCCUGAAAACUAUUUUGUGUGUACAUGGAGAACAGAAAAAAUCAUGACUUUACACUUUACAGUUUAAGUAAAUUUUUUAAUCUAUUUUAAAUAUAUAAAGGCUUGUGUCAAAUAGUUAAUACAUUUAUUAAUCUUGAACAAUUUUGUUUGUGGUCAGAAUAUAUAUAUUUUCUUUUUUAGCCUACUUUUGUGUAUAUUCAUAUGACUAAAUUUAUUUUCAGAAUGGAGUGUCACAGCUUUUAUAGUUGUAGUGGGUUUACCUUCAUAAAUCUAUUAAAGUAAAGGAACAGCUGAUGUUUCAAAUUUUAAAGUGAAUCUGUAUUGUCAUAUGACUU